AAAAUUUUUUACUUUAAGAAAAACCACACUGCUUGGGGAGUUGGGGACGCGGGACUUCCCUGGCUGGCUGCCAAUGCAAUGUCAAUUCUCAGCUCUCUCCGAUCAUCAAAACUCAUCACCUGGAAACCCACCGGAAAGCUUCAACAAACCCUAACAAGAUCUGUGGAACGGAAAGGAAUCUCUUUGCAUUCUGGAAAAGUUUCGAAGGUGAAAUUGUGUCCUGGAUUUUCAGGUCAAGGAAGGUAUUUCGAUUUUCGGUCGAAUUUGGUUCCUGCUUCGGUUGAAUUUGCUCAGGUGUCGCCUCUUUGUACUACUUUGUGUAAAGAUGGGGUGAAGAUUCGGACUGUGGAGCAUUUGCUUUCGGCGUUGGAAGCUGUUGGUGUUGAUAAUUGUAGGAUUGAGAUUGAGAAUUUGGAUGAUCAAUGUGAUGAAGCUGAGAUUCCUAUACUUGAUGGAUCAGCAAGGGAAUGGGUGGCAGCCUUGGAAGAAGUGGGUUUAGAGAUAGCAACUGAUGUUGAUGGAAAAAGCUAUGAGAAAAUAGCUCCACAUGUUAAUCAACCGGUGCAUAUUUGGAGGAAUGAUUCUUUUGUUGCCGCAUUUCCUUCGGAAGUGGUUCGAGUAACUUAUGGUAUAAACUUUCCACAGGCACCUGCUAUUGGCAACCAGUGGUUUUCUACAACCCCCUUGGAUGAUUUGGUUUAUUCCAAGCAAAUAGCAAUGUCAAGAACCUUCUGUAUCUAUGAGGAGGUUGAGCAAAUGCGCAAUGCUGGACUUAUCAAAGGGGGUUCACUAGAAAAUGCCAUUGUGUGCAGUGCCAGUAAAGGUUGGUUGAAUCCACCACUUCAUUUCAGUGAUGAACCAUGUCGUCAUAAGAUUCUAGAUCUUAUUGGUGAUCUCUCGCUGUUUGCUCAGUUUGGUAAUCAAGGACUCCCAGUGGCAUGCAUCAUAGCUUACAAGGGUGGUCAUGCAUUGCAUGUUGAUUUGGCUCGCCAACUGAUGGGAAUAACAUGAAAGGCUCACAGAUUACCUCCGAUAACCAAGUAGCUAUUGCAAAUUUUGGUGAAUUUGUUGCUGAAGUUCAACCUUAUGCUUUUGAGCUCCUCUGAAGCCAUGGUGGGGAUGCUGAAAUGCAUAGACAUCUUCAUCAUAAUUGUUUCUCUUCAUUCAUUAUCGCUUUAGGAACCAUCGAAGAGGUGCAGGAGGCCGAGUCCCCCAAGUAUUGCUACUACCACUGGCAUCAACUUACGAUGAAGCGUCUAAGCAGAAAAUUUUGUAAAAGAAAGUAAUUCAAUUUCUUAAUAUUUUGAAUAGGAAAACAGUUAUUUAUGUAUAAGUCCAAUCAUUCCACUCAGUAGGGAUUAAUAAUUCAAUUUCUUAAUACUAAUUUAUAGGCUAGGGUAUUUAUACAAGUAUUAUAAAUUGGAGCAAGAAUUGGAUUGUGGGGUUGCAUGACCAUGGAAA